AUGAUGGUUGAAACAACAGUUAUCGUUAUGUUUCAUCGUAUUUUUCUCACAAAAGUCGACAAAGCAUUCCAUAUUAAGUGCUUCUACAUAGAAGCAGAUUACAGAGUAUCACACUCUUUGCACAUCAGCUCAUUACCGACUACAGAGCUGUAUGUGCCACAAGAACAAGUUGGUGACGAAGUACUGGUGCCCACCUGCAAAUAUGAAGUGACGAGAAAUAGAUUCGACGGAGACUUGGUAAAAUACGCAGCAGUUGGUGAUAGAGUAUAUCAUAAAUGGACAUGCCAAGGUGAAAAUGAGAAUGCCUACUGUAUGACUGUACACUCGUGUAGUGUGGACGAUGGACAGGGCAUGGAACAGAAAAUACUUGAUGAAAGAGGGUCA